GUCUGGCACCGAAGAGGGCAGCUGUCACCGAGGGACCAUCGCUACCGGGACAGCCUGGCCAAGGGAAGAAGAUUGGUCAUCGAAGCGUUGAUGCUUCUGGUGAAACCACCUACAAAAAGACCACCUCAUCCACUCUGAAGGGGGCCAUCCAGCUGGGGAUUGGAUAUACUGUUGGCAAUCUGAGCUCCAAGCCAGAGAGAGAUGUCCUGAUGCAGGACUUCUACGUGGUGGAAAGCAUUUUUUUCCCAAGUGAAGGAAGUAAUCUCACUCCAGCCCACCAUUAUGCAGACUUCAGGUUCAAGACCUAUGCACCAGUGGCUUUUCGGUACUUCCGAGAACUCUUUGGGAUUCGUCCAGAUGAUUAUUUGUAUUCCCUGUGUAACGAGCCUCUGAUAGAGCUGUCGAACCCUGGUGCCAGCGGUUCCCUCUUCUACGUCACCAGCGACGAUGAAUUCAUCAUAAAAACUGUGAUGCACAAGGAAGCUGAAUUCUUACAGAAGCUCCUUCCUGGCUACUACAUGAACCUGAACCAGAACCCCCGGACGCUGCUACCAAAGUUUUAUGGACUGUACUGUGUGCAGUCAGGGGGCAAAAACAUCCGUGUGGUCGUGAUGAACAACAUCCUGCCUCGUGUGGUGAAAAUGCACCUGAAAUUUGACCUGAAAGGCUCCACCUAUAAACGCCGGGCAUCCAAGAAGGAAAAAGAAAAGUCCAGCCCUACAUACAAGGAUCUAGACUUCAUGCAAGACAUACCCGAAGGCCUGAUGUUGGAUGCAGACACCUUCACUGCAUUGGUGAAAACAUUGCAACGUGACUGUCUGGUGUUGGAAAGCUUUAAAAUCAUAGACUACAGCCUCCUCCUUGGGGUUCAUAACAUAGACCAGCAAGAACGGGAGCAGCAGUCCGAGGGAGCUCACAGCACGUCGGAUGAGAAGCGUCCUGUGGGGCAGAAGGCACUUUACUCCACGGCCAUGGAGUCCAUCCAGGGUGGGGCUACCCGGGGGGAGCCCAUAGACACAGAUGACGCGAUGGGAGGAAUCCCAGCGGUGAAUGGCAAAGGAGAGCGUCUCCUGCUCCAUGUAGGAAUAAUAGAUAUCCUUCAAUCAUACAGGUUCAUCAAGAAGCUAGAACAUACCUGGAAGGCCCUUGUCCAUGAUGGGGACACGGUGUCCGUGCACAGACCCAGCUUCUACGCAGAGAGAUUCUUCAAAUUCAUGACCAACACGGUGUUCCGAAAGAAUUCCUCUCUGAAGUCAUCUCCCUCAAAGAAAGGGCGCAGUGCCUUGCUGGCUGUCAAGACUGCUGGUCCAACAGCUGCGUUUUCAGCUAGCCAGCUUCCCUGUGAAAAGGAUGAGACACAGUAUGACCUUCGUGCAGCCCGGAGCUACCCCACACUUGAUGAUGAAGGCAGGCCAGACCUGCUACCCUGCACACCUCCUUCCUUUGAAGAAGCUACCACGGCUUCCAUAGCCACAACACUGUCUUCAACAUCUCUUUCUGUUCCUGAGCGAUCCCCUUCGGAGACCUCUGAGCAGCCCAGGUACAGGAGACGUACACACUCCUCAGGGCAGGAUGGCAGGUCACACGAGGAGGUGCGGGUUGAGGAGGAGCUUCAGCAGAUCAGUGUCGAGCUGGAGCCCAAGUGUGAUGUUGAGAUCGUAGCUCCUGAAGAAGAUGACAAAGAAGAGGCGGCUUCUUCAGCCUGUGCCAUUGUAACAUCCACAGCUACUAUAGAGGUGGAGACAGCCAGCCAGGCCUCAGAACCAGCCAGCCAGGCCUCGGAACCAGCCAGCCAGGCCUCGGAUGAAGAUGAUGUGCCAGUCACAGACAUAUACUUUCCGACAGACGAGAGGAGUUGGGUUUACUCCCCGCUCCACUAUAGCGCUCAGCUCCACUCUGUCUCUGAUGAGGAGAGCGAUACAUAAUCUCUAUGCAGACACAGAAGCCCCAGAGAGCAGCGAUUCCCUCUGCAGGUCGAUGUGUUCCCUUUUUGUUGAUGCAGCCAUUCCAGUGGGAUGGGGAAGAGCUUGCUGACACCAACCAGUAUUGCUGCACUGCAGGAUCCCGGGCACUGCAUUUCAGAACGGAGCAAAACUAUAACCGUGUCUUUCUACUUAUCCCAGACGUGGGCAGCAAAAGAAACCACCCGCUCACCCGCAGCCCCGAGGGAGGCAGCAGCGGGGUGUAGAGAAUCCUGGGUAGUAAUACAGUGUUUCCAGACGUGCACUACCGUAGCUACCUAUCCAUGUGUGAUACUGUGAACCUUUUUAAGUUUUUAACCAUGUAUUUAUUUCUUUUAUCUUUGCACAGAGACAGCACAAAUGUGCUUUUUUAAA